AUGAUGGGUGAUGAUGACAUAAUCGUUUCCACCUCCAAUAUUUCGGCUUCCAGUACUGCACCAGCAGUGGUGCAUGCAGAACAGAGUAACCGUGCAGCAUUAAAAUAUCGCGGUACAAGUGGAAGUAGCUUCAUUGCAUUAACUGACAGUGAAGAAAUAACCGUCGAUGAAGCUUCACCGCCAAUGGAAAGCCGAUAUGGUGAUUUUCAUACAAUAGAUUGGCAAAGAGAUCUGGCGCGGGACAGAUUACGCCAUAAGUUUAUCGUAAAAAGGUCGAAAACUCCUUUUGGUAAACUAUGUGGUCUAUGGGAUGCGGGAAGUGGUUGGGCAUGUGUGUUGAUGGUCGGUCUUGCUGCUGGUACCAUUGCUGGUAUUAUUGAUAUUGGAGCGCGUUGGAUGAGUGAUUUAAAGGAUGGUGUAUGUGCGGAUCGAUUUUGGCUUGAUCGUGAGCAUUGUUGUUGGUCAGCAAAUGAUAGUGUUUAUAAAGAUGCUGAUUGUUCGGCAUGGACAUCCUGGCCUGAAAUGAUGCAGCUUUAUGAGCGAAAUUUCUUUUACUACGUGAUGGAAUUAUUCUUUUAUUGUGGCUGGAGCAUGCUGAUGACAGGAGUAACUGUAGCUUUGGUAUUCGCUCCGUAUGCUUGCGGUUCGGGCAUACCUGAGAUCAAAUGCAUUCUAUCCGGUUUUAUCAUUAGAGGUUAUUUGGGUAAAUGGACUUUCAUUAUUAAAUCUGUUGGCUUGAUUUUGGCAUCUGCAUCUGGUCUGAAUUUGGGAAAAGAAGGUCCUAUGGUACAUUUAGCCUGUUGCAUAGGAAAUAUUUUCUCUUAUCUCUUUCCAAAAUAUGGCUCAAAUGAAGCCAAAAAACGUGAAAUACUAAGUGCUUCUGCUGCAGCCGGUGUUUCCGUUGCAUUCGGUGCUCCUAUAGGAGGAGUUUUAUUUAGUUUGGAAGAGGCAAGUUAUUAUUUUCCUUUGAAAACUAUGUGGCGUUCGUUCUUUUGUGCACUUAUUGCUGGAAUUAUCUUACGAAUAAUGAAUCCAUUUGGAAGUGAUCAAACUUCUUUGUUCCACGUUGAUUACAGUAUGAAGUGGACAUUUGUUGAACUUAUUCCAUUUGCCGGUCUUGGAUUGUUUGGAGGUAUUAUUGGAAGUUUGUUUAUAUGGGCGAACAUAAAAUGGUGUCGAUUUCGAAAGGCGAAUAAGACUUUGGGUAAUAAUCCAGUAAAGGAGGUCCUUGUUGUGACACUUAUCACAGCGUUUGUUAGUUAUUUUAAUCCAUAUACCCGUCGAAGUUCAUCGUCACUGAUAAGACAACUCUUCGAUCGUUGCGGUCCCGAAGAUUUUAUGAUGGACCUUUGUGAUUAUCAAAAUAAAACAUUCUCUUUUGAUAAAGUGGAUGAUAAUUAUCACACUGGAGAAUUGGGAGCAGGAGUGCACAGCGCAUUUAUCGAUCUUAUUUUGGCGCUAAUAAUAAAAUUGGUACUGACGAUAUUCACAUUUGGCAUCAAAGUUCCUGCUGGUCUAUUCGUACCAAGUCUUGCAAUGGGUGCUAUUGCUGGGCGUUUAUUGGGUAUCACUGUGGAAGGCAUAGCUUCAUCUCUGCAGAAGAAUGCUGAAAUACACAAUACCAUUUGGGCUUGCCAGGUUGGUAAGGAUUGUGUUAUGCCUGGACUUUAUGCAAUGGUUGGUGCUGCUGCCGUCCUUGGUGGAGUUACAAGGAUGACUGUUUCAUUGGUUGUAAUUAUGUUUGAAUUAACGGGAAGUCUUGAAUUUAUCGUGCCGACAAUGGUUGCUACAAUGUUUGCAAAGUGGAUUGGUGACGCUUUCUAUAAAAUGGGCAUAUAUGAUGCGCACAUAGAUUUGAAUGGCUAUCCAUUUUUAGACAACAAAGGCGAAUAUCCAUAUUCCACUGUUGCUAUACAAGUAAUGAAGCCUGGACCAGCUGGUGGCACGUUGCGAGUAAUCACACAGGAUACGAUGACAGUUGGUGAUAUUGAAAUUUUGCUGCGUGAAACUAAUUAUAACGGCUUUCCAGUUGUUGUCAGUGAGGAAAAUUUGUACUUAGUGGGAUUCUGUCCACGGCGUGAUUUGCAACUUGCUCUUCAUUCUGCUCGUAAGUCACAACCUUAUGUUGUCACAAAUUCAAUCGUUUAUUUCAAGACGGAUGUACCAGAAACAGCAGACGGUAUUCCGGCACCAUUGCGCUUUCAUAAACUCAUCGAUCUGGCGCCGAUGACUGUAACUGAUCAAACACCAAUGGAAACGGUGAUAGAUAUGUUUCGAAAGCUUGGCUUGAGACAAGUACUUGUAACACGAAAUGGUCGCCUUCUCGGAAUAAUCACAAAGAAGGAUAUCCUUGAUUUCAUGAAAAUGGGUGGUGUUGAAAAUCACUCUUUCUAA